UAGUUUCGAUUAUUUGCAUUUGAGUUUGAACUUUUAUUACCUUUUUUUUACAUCUUUUGUUUGAAUAAUCCCGAUCAUCUAUCAAUCACUACUUAUCAAAGUUGAAGCAAGCGCGUAACUAUUCAAUUUUAAUUCAGAAAAUUAAAAUGGCCACAAAACGCGCUUGUGGUUUUGUAAUUUUUCGCAAACAAUGCCAAAUUAUUGAAUACCUUCUUUUACAAACAUCCUACGGAAUAAAUCAUUGGACUCCACCCAAAGGUCAUGUAGAUCCUGGCGAAUCUGAUAUGACUACAGCCUUACGUGAAACGUACGAAGAAGCAGGAUUAAAACAGGAAGACUUAAAAAUUUACGAGGAUUGUCAAAAAAUUUUAAAUUACGAUGUACAAACUAAAUCAGGAAAGACAAAACCUAAGGCUGUUAUUUAUUGGUUAGCAGAACUCAUAAAUCCAAAUCAAAAAGUUACUUUGUCGGAUGAACAUCAAGAUUUUAAAUGGCUAGGAUUAAAUGACGCUUGUGAAUAUGGAAAAUUUGAAGAAAUGAAAUCAUUACUUAAAGAAUUUGAUGAAUACAUUAAAAAAAAUUUAUUCAUGUAG